AUGGGCGGCGUGUACGUCAACGGGCGGCCGCUGCCGGACCACAUCCGCCACAAGAUCGUAGAGAUGGCCCACUCUGGCGUGCGAUCGUGCGACAUCUCCCGCAUCCUCCAAGUGUCCAAUGGCUCUCUCUGGUGUCUCCUUGCAGGCCACAGCGGCAUAAACCAACUGGGGGGCGUGUAUGUGAAUGGGCGCCCCCUACCCGACUCCACGCGGCAGAAGAUCGUGGAGCUGGCCCACUCGGGCGCCAGGCCUUGCGACAUCUCCCGCAUUCUCCAGGUGUCCAAUGGCUGCGUCUCCAAGAUCCUGGCCAGAUACUACGAGACAGGCUCCAUCAAGCCCCGAGCCAUCGGCGGGUCGAAGCCGCGAGUGGCGACGCCCCACGUGGUCACGAAGAUCGCAGACUACAAGCGCGAGUGCCCCUCGAUCUUCGCGUGGGAAAUCCGCGACCGACUUCUCUCCGAGGGCGUCUGCACGAACGACAACAUCCCCAGUGUCUCCUCCAUCAACCGCGUCCUCAGAAACCUCGCCGCCCAGAAGGAGCAAGCGACGGGCGUGGGCGUGGCAGCGGGCGGUGGCGAGAGCGUGUACGACAAGCUGCGGAUGUUCAACGGCGGGGCUGCGGCUGCGGGCUGGGCUGCGGCGUGGUACCCUGGGGCAGCCGCAGGGCACCUCGGCCUCCCGCAACACCACAACACCGCGCUCCCUCCCCUGGGGGGGGAGGGCCACCACAGGCUGAGGGAUGAUAAACACAAAUCAGACAACAACAACGAGGUCACGAGCGACGGCAACAGCGAACACAACUCCAGCACGGACGAGGACUCCCAGCUGCGCCUCCGCCUCAAGAGGAAAUUGCAGAGAAACAGGACUUCCUUCACCAACGAACAGAUCGACGCCCUCGAGAAAGAGUUCGAGCGUACACACUAUCCUGACGUCUUCGCCCGGGAGCGGCUGGCGGAGAAGAUCGGGCUUCCGGAGGCACGGAUACAGGUUUGGUUCAGUAACCGCCGGGCCAAGUGGCGCCGAGAGGAGAAGCUGCGGAACCAGCGCCGAAGUGUGGACCAAGUGGGCGUGGGCGUGGGCGUGGGGAUGGCCAACAGUGCAGCCGCAGCAGCCUCCAGACUCCCCCUCCAGUCAGGCUUCAACUCCAUGUACCCGUCCAUCCCCCAGCCCAUCGGCACCAUGGCGGAUACGUACAGCUCCAUGUCCGGAUCGCUGAGCUCCAUGGGCGGGUCGUGCCUGCAGCAGCGGGACGCCGCCUCCGCCUACCCGUACAUGUUCCACGACCCGCUGUCCUCGCUCUCCUCCUCGUACCAGCGGUCCUCGUCGCAACUCGCCUCCUGCGGGAACGCGGCGUCGCAGGCAGCCGUGUCCUCCUUCAACGCCGCAAGCCACGCGGCGGCCGCAUCCUACGCCGCGGCCACGUCCUCUGCGGGCGGCACGGGUGUGAUAUCAGCGGGCGUGUCAGUCCCAGUUCAGAUUCCCAGUCAAACCCCCGACCUCAGCGCCGCCAACUACUGGCCGAGGCUGCAGUGA